AUGGCACAGCCAAGCUACAUUCCUUUAACUAAUCUUGUUUCAGUGAUAGGUCCUCAUUAUUGUGUUCCUUAUCCGAUUGAUCUAGCAAUCACUAGAAAACUUCUGGCCCUCACUGAUGGUAACUUUGUAGUUACAGAUGUUAAUGGAAACAUCAUGUUUAAAGUAAAAGUUCGCAUAACAUUUCUUCGUGAACGCCAAUUGCUUACUGAUGCAGCUGGGAAUCCCAUUGUUACCCUACGACCGAAGAUUAUGAGCGCACACAGCAGGUGGCAAGUCUUUAGGGGGAAUAGCAAAGACCCUGCAGAUCUGCUCUUUACUGCUAAAACAUCUUCAAUUUUCCAACUGAGGACCAGAUUGAAUGUGUACUUAGCACAUAACACGACAGAGGAGGUGUGUGAUUUCAAGGUCGAAGGAAGCUGGCUUGAGAGAUCUUGUGUCAUUUAUGCUGGAGAUUCUUCGACGGUUGUUGCCCAAAUGCAUCAAAGAUACUCCGCUGAAAGCAUCUUGCUUGGAAAGGACAAGUUCAUGGUGACUGUGUAUCCUAACAUUGAUUAUGCCUUCAUUGUCUCCCUCAUCGUGAUUCUUGACGAUAUCAACAGUGAGGACGGUAGUUGAUUCGGCCCGUAAGUCAGGUCCCUUGCUGCUAGAACACUAGUACUUAAACCCACUUUUUACUGUGUGUUCUUAUUCGGUUCUAAGUUACAGUUACUUCUUAUCUUUGUUUAUUAAUACUUUGUAUACUUCAGUAUUUUUCCCUGGUACUGUUAGAUUACAUUUCAGAAAGUUGUUGUAU